AUGAAGCGUUUCGGCGCCAAAGUCCUCUCGAGGCGGGGGGACUCGAGCAAGUCCUCCAAGAAGAACAAGGAUUCGAAGGACGGGACGGCUUCGCCGAACGCUGCCUCUAGGGAUGCCAACCAAUCCCCAGUACUGACCCCAUCAUCUUCCUCGUCGACUUUAAACGAUAUUCGCAACAAGCCGCUGCCUCCCAAUAAUGCCGUCCACGGUGACCAUGGUGCCCUAGGUGCCCAAACCCAGCUGGGUCCCCCGGGUAACCCUGGCGUACCCGACCGAUACGGGAGUAGCAUAGGGCCCCAGGCACCAGGGGCCAAUGGCGGUAGCACUCCUGCUAGGCACGGCCAGCUACCACCGACCGUCAUCAUCAGCCCGAGUGCUCCGCAUGUUCCCCCGCCUGGUGCCGCCGAGACGAUGCCCCACGAUCUCGCUCCCCCCAAGGCCGGCCAGAAGUCUCUGAUGUACGAUCGGCUGCAUCAGACUCCCAAGGAUGUCCUUGAGGGUCCCAAGACGCCAAGACGGCAGCAUUCGUCUCGCUUCGAUAUUUCUGCCCACCGCGAGCUAGAGAAGCUCCCCGGGUUCCACGAGGUGCCCCCAGGACGUCGGGAGGACCUCUUCAUGAAGAAGAUUGAGCAAUGCAACGUCAUCUUUGACUUCAAUGAUGCGAGUGCCGACAUGAAGUCCAAGGAGAUCAAGCGACUGGCGCUUCAUGAGCUUUUGGACUAUGUGGCAAACAACCGCCAAGUCAUCACGGAGCCCAUGUACCCCGUCGUUGUCAACAUGUUUGCGAAGAACUUGUUCCGCCCGAUCCCGCCUCCUAUGAAUCCGCAAGGCGAGGCCUUUGACCCGGAGGAGGAUGAGCCGGUCCUGGAAGUGGCCUGGCCCCACAUCCAGGUUGUGUACGAGUUCUUCCUGCGGUUUAUCGAGAGCCAAGACUUCAACACGAACAUCGCGAAAGCCUACAUUGAUCACAGCUUUGUUCUUCAGCUCCUCGAGCUGUUCGACUCUGAGGAUCCACGGGAACGCGAUUUUCUGAAGACAACUCUCCACCGUAUCUACGGCAAAUUCCUCAACCUCAGGUCUUUUAUCAGGCGUUCUAUCAAUAAUGUCUUCUUUCAGUUCACCUACGAGACCGAGCGGUUCAAUGGAAUUGCCGAGCUUCUGGAAAUUCUGGGCUCCAUCAUCAACGGGUUUGCCCUGCCCCUGAAAGAGGAGCACAAGCUCUUCCUUACUAGAGUCCUGAUACCCCUUCACAAGGUGAAGAGCUUGAGCAUGUACCAUCCUCAGCUGGCCUACUGCAUCGUGCAGUUCCUCGAGAAGGAUGCUUCUUUGACAGAAGAGGUAGUACUUGGUCUCCUCCGCUAUUGGCCUAAGGUCAACAGCACCAAGGAGGUCAUGUUCCUUAACGAAGUUGAGGAUAUCUUUGAGGUUAUGGACCCAGCCGAGUUCGCAAAGGUUCAGGAACCUCUUUUCCAUCAGCUCGCCAAGUCGGUGGCGAGCCCGCACUUUCAGGUUGCCGAACGGGCCCUCUAUUUCUGGAACAACGAAUAUUUCUGCAACCUAGUCAGCGAUAAUGUCGAGAUCAUACUCCCCAUCAUGUUUGCGCCCCUCUACGAGAACUCGAAGGGCCAUUGGAACAGGACGAUUCACGGUAUGGUGUACAACGCCAUGAAGUUGUUCAUGGAGAUCAACCCCCAGCUUUUCGACGAUUGCUCGCACGAGUACACGGAGCAGCAGAACAGCGCGGCAUCGAGGGAAGCCCUCCGAGAAAGGAAGUGGGCCGCCAUCCAGGAACAAGCCAACCGGAGGAAAGCCGCCAUGGCCAACGGCUCGGCCGGGGGCAGCACGUCGGGACCGCCUGUUAGAAACAUGCCGAACCCGAUGCCCCGCCUCGACGAAGUGGACGCGGCCGAGGAUAACCAGAAGAGGUUGGACUCGCUUAAACUGCAGGACGGCGAUCGGAGGGAUCGUCGGCCGGGCAUGCACGAGCGACAGAACUCGGUCGGUUCGGCUAGAAGCCAGCGGUGA